CUAGGAUAUGGAUCUCUCUCUCUUUUCUUUUUCUCUUUCUUCUCUCUCUUCACCUAAAAAUCGCUGUCUUUCAGUCUCUGCAGCACCCAUCACCCUCUUCUCUCUUUCUGAAAGCUCUGUCAGCAUGAGAGUGAGAGCCAGACCAUAAUCCCAAAGCCCUUAAAUUUGCUUCAAAAAAGCAACAAACAACACCCAAACCAAGGACACAUAUCCUAUAUAUCCUUAGCUGCAUGAACAGUACUCAUACCUAGCCUUUUAGCAAUAACAUGCAACCCUGAGAGAGUCAGAGAGAGCAAUUGCAUUUUUGACAUGAACCAUGGCCUUUCCACCUUGUCAUAGUUUCAUGUUUCAAACCCAUGAAGAUCCAGACCUCCACCUCUCUGCAGCUUCUUCCUCCCUCAACAAUCUUCCCUCUUGUCCACCACAACACUUCCAUGGUGGUGGGGGAGUGCCUUUCAUGAUGAAGAGAUCGCUAUCGUUUUCUGGGGUUGAUGAUAAGUGCAAUCACCAUCACUAUGAUCACCAAGAUCUGCAUGGAGGAGGAGAUCAAGAUGAUUUGUCUGAUGAUGGGUCACAGCUGAUUGGGGAGAAGAAGAAAAGGCUGAACCUUGAGCAGGUUAAGACCCUUGAGAAGAGCUUUGAGAUGGGGAACAAGCUUGAGCCUGAGAGGAAAUUGCAGCUUGCUAAGGCUCUUGGUCUGCAGCCAAGACAGGUUGCCAUAUGGUUUCAGAACAGGAGGGCUAGGUGGAAGACAAAGCAGCUGGAGAAAGACUAUGAUGUCCUCAAGAAGAAAUUUGAUGCUCUCAAGGCUGACAAUGAUGCCCUUCAAGCUCACAACAAGAAACUUCAGGCUGAGUUAUUGGCUGUAAAAGGUAUUAAAGAUUCAAACUUCGAAGGGGGGCUUAACAAUCAUUUGAAGAAAGAGAUUGAUCAGGGUUCAUGGAGUAAUGGCAGUACUGAUGACAACAGUUCUGAUCAUGUCAACUUAGACAUGUCAAGAAGUACCACACCAGCAGCAAACAGCCCACAAUCAAAUUCCCAGAUCACAAAUGGAUCAAAGAAUCUCUUCCCAUCAUCCCUAUGCAGGCCACCACAUGCUAGCAUAACCCAACUCCUCCAAGGCUCAUCAAGGUCAGACCUCCACUGCCUCAAAGUUGACCAGAUGAUUCAAGAUGACCAAACUUUCUGCACCAUGUUCAACAAUGGCUCCAUUGACCAAGACCACCAAGGUAGCUUCUGGCCAUGGCCUGCUGAGCAGCCACACCAUUUUCAUUGAUCAAACCCAUUACGCAGUUCCCGGCCAUGGCUCAUUUAGGAUUCAGAUUCCUAUGAGUUUUCGAUUAUCAAUUUAAGUUUUUGGUUGUAGAACAUUGAUGUACAGAGAUCAAUAUUUUUGCUAAUUUCAUCAGUAAUGGGGAAAUGAUUGCCUCUGAAUAAUACACUUAAAAUUUCCAUAUCA